AUGCAAGGAAUCCGCGCGGACCUCCAGCAGUAUAUCGGGGGUGGGCAGAAACCCCACCCUGACACGUCGAUUCGUGAAUUUCCAUUGUCGGUUUUCGAGAGGGCGCCGCGGCCGUCAUUUUCAAGGCUUGCGCCCGCCAGUUUUGGGCCCAAGGUCGUUUUCACUAAACCACGUUUUGCUAAAGGGAGUUCUGUCCAUUGCCGAGUACAUGUUUGUGCAGAUUUUUCCUCCUCUACCAGCGCCGCCGGGCCCUGCCGCGGCGCACGCUGUACGCCGCCCACCGUUGGUGCGCCGGCGCAGCAGCACAGAGCCGGCCGAGGCGGACGCGGACGCGUCGUCCGGGUCCGUUCCGUUGCAUCUUCGGGGGGCCUCGUCUGUCCUGCCGACUGCGUCUUUUCCGACAAUCGGCGCGGAGUCGGCGUAGAAUCGGCUGGGAUACGACGUGGACUCGGCGUGGAUACGACGUGGACUCGACGUGGGUUCGACGCGCUCGACAUCGAUUCGACGCGGACAUCGACGCGACGAGACAGACGAAGCCCCCGAAGAUGCAACAGAAGGUCCGCCGCAGGCCUGGUGCUCCUCAACGUCGUGACGGCGCUGUUCGGCUGCAACCAGGCGCUGAUCAAGACGCUGGAGACGGACGACGCGACCGCGGGGGCGAUGGAGAGCUCCGUGCUCAUGGCCCUUCGAUUCAGCAUCGCGGCCGCGGCGAUGGGGGGCCUCGCCGUGGGUGGGCGGCUCCUACAGGGCGGAGCGACGAGCAGCACCACGGCUGGAUCCGGGGCCACCGCCGUCGCGCAGCCGACGUCCAGCAGCUGGGCCUUCGUGGCCGGCGCCACCGAGCUGGCCAUGUGGCUGUUCCUCGGGUUCAUGACCCAAGCGGUGGGCCUGCAGCACACGACAGCGUCAUCCGGAGCCCUCCUGGGGAGCCUCACCGUCGUCGUGGUGCCCAUCCUCUCGAUGCUCGACGGCAAGAGGAUCGGCACUACCUCCUGGGCAUCCGUGGGCCUGGCCGUGCUGGGCAUCGUGCUUUUCGUAGGCCCCGGCGCGCUCGAGGGGGCCGACUGGGGGUUGGGCGAUGCCCUGGAGCUGGCCAGCGCCUUCUUCUUCGCCGUGCAGAUGUGGCGGUGCGAGAAGGUCGUGCGCGGCAUGCCCGAGAGCCAGAUCGCCGACCUCACCUGCCUGCAGCUGGCCAUCGUGGCCGCGUUCUCUUGGCUGGCCCUGCUGGCGCAGGGCAUCAGCAUUCCCGGCACCCUGGAGGCAAUGGCCUCCUGGCCCGCGGACCAGUGGGCGCAGGUGGCCGCAAUGGGGCUGGUCACCACCGCCUUCUGCAUUUGGGCCGAGACGGCUGCACUGAGGAAGGUGGACGCGUCCAUCGCAGCGCUGAUAUACGCGAGCGAGCCCAUAUGGGGCGCUCUGUUCGCGUACCUGUGGAGGGGCGAGACCCUUGACGGCACCCUCACGGUCGUGGGCGCCGCCUUGCUCUUCCUCGCCUCGGCCGCCGGGGCACUCUCGUCUGGGCAGCAGGACUCGGACGCAGCGAGCGACCCCGCGCCAGACGCGCCACCGAAGGCGCCUGGCGGGCAGACGUUCUGGCCCGCGCGGCCACACGUGGAGGCCCUCGAGGCUGCCUGGGUGGAGACGGGGCGCCAGGAGGCGGCGGCCGGUGCCCGCCUCCCGGAAGCCGCGGCACAGGCGGGCCGCUCCGGAGGCGGCGGCGACCUGGCGAGGCCGCUCCGGGACCCGCGGCGCGGCCUGGCGGUUGUGGCGGCGUGCUCGGGCAGGGAUCAAGACUGA